UGUAUUACUCCUAAUUUUUCGCCCAAAUAGUAAUGUGGUUCCGCCCAACGACUGGUUUCCACAUCCGUCUUCACCCUUGCAAAACCAUCUCUUCUAUUAGGGUUUUUCUCCCCUGAAAGGAUUACCUUCUUCUCCAGCUAACCGGGAUUUUUGGAAGCAACGAAAUUAUCUAGAAAUGUUCUCGUCCUAAUUUCAGGUUUUUCUUCAGUUGGUGCAGAAACAGCGAACUUGAGGGAUUAAAAUAACCCAUAAAAUAACUUUACUUGGAGGAUGGGUGACGAUGCUUUUGAUGGCCAGCUAUUGGCUGAAAAGUUGUCUAAGCUUAACAGUUCACAGCAAAGCAUAGAAUCUUUGUCACGGUGGUGCAUUUCACAUCGUAAGAAAGCCAAGCAGAUUGUUGAAACGUGGGACAAGUUGUUCAGAUCUGCACAGCGGGAGCAGCGUGUUUCAUUUCUGUACUUAGCCAAUGAUAUUCUGCAGAAUAGUCGGCGCAAGGGCAGUGAGUUUGUUAAUGAGUUCUGGAAGGUCCUUCCCACGUCUGUGAAGCAUGUUUAUGAAAGUGGCGAUGAAAAUGGGAAGAAAGCGGCUUCUAGACUGGUUAAUAUAUGGGAAGAGAGAAAAGUUUUUGGAUCCAGGGGUCAGAAUCUUAAAGACGAAGUGUUGGGCAAGACUCUUGGUCCGUCAGUAAGCAACGGGAAGAGCUCAAAUCCUAUCAAAGUUGUGAAAAAGGAUGCUCACUCAGUAAGGAUUAAAUUGGCUGUUGGCUGUACUCCAGAAAAAAUUGUAACAGCAUUCCAACUAGUUCAUGAUGAAAAUGUGAAUGAGGAAGAUGCUUUGAACAAGUGCAAAGAUGCAGUUUUUUGUGCUGGGGAAAUGGAGAGUGAUAUUGAAAACCUUUCUUCCCAAGGAAAUCUCCAGGGUUCUGAAUUGAUGGAUAAGAUGCAAGAACAGGAAAACAUACUUCAGCAAUGUGUCAGCCAGCUUGAGAAUGCUGAAUCAUUGAGA